GCCCGGCCCAAGCCUUGUCCCAGACGUUGCCCCACCCCUGUGGCGAGGUGCACCCAAUAGGAUCUUGCCCUUCAUCAUUCCGCACUUUCUUAUUGGCUUGUCGGAGCGGCACACCUUUGUACCUAGGAGCCCACGGAGACGCGGCGGAAUCAGUCAGUGAAGGAGGCUGGCAAGAUGGCGGCCGGCCAGGGGGGCCGGGGAUCUCUCUCGCAUCCCCGGCCGCUCUCUGCUUUCUCCACGGUCUUUGCUAUGCUGCUUCUCUUGGAUUGCGGCCCGGCCUUUGCUGCCGCGUCUCCUCUCUGUCAUCACCGUGUCCCCAGCUCCAGGGAGGUUAUCUACAAAGUUUACCUUAAGGAUAAUCAUGUUGUGAAAAGAAAUGUUGAUCAACAACUAAGAAUUAAAACUGUAUAUGACAGAAGUGUUGAAGGAUUGUUGCCUGAAAAAAAGCACCUUAUAAAGAAUAAGCUUUUCCCACAAGCUAUCUCAUAUUUAGAGAAGACAUUUCAAGUUCGGAAACCUACUGGUACUAUCCUGCUAAGCAGACAGUGUGUAACAAAUCAAUACAUAAGGAAGAAAGAUGACCCUCACAGAUACUGCCGUGGAGCCUGUGCAGAACAUACAAGGUGUGGUCCAGUUAUAGUUCCUGAGGAACACCUUCAGCAAUGUAGGGUAUGUAGUGAAAAUGAAUGGCGUUGUGGACCUACUGGUUUAACAGACCAAGAAGGGGUUCGAGAUGCUGACUUCGUAUUAUAUGUUAGCGCUCUGACUACUGAAAGGUGUGGCCAAGAAAAUAUUAUUGCAUAUGCAGCAUAUUGUCAACUGGAAGCUGAUAUGGACAGACCAAUUGCAGGAUAUGCUAAUCUAUGUCCAAGUAUGAUCUCAACCCAACCUCAGGAGUUUGUGGGAAUGUUGUCUACAGUGAAACAUGAAAUCAUUCAUGCAUUGGGUUUUUCUGCUGGGCUAUUUGCCUUUUAUCAUGAUGAAGAUGGAAAUCCUUUGACUGUCAGACAUGCAGAUGGACUGCCACCCUUUAGUGAAAGCCUUGGUGUGUAUCAGUGGAGCAAUAAAGUUGUUCGUAAUGCAGUACGGUUGUGGGAUGUCCGAGGCAAUAAGCAUCUGCGUCAUAAUAUAUUUCUUCUAAUAACGCCUAAGGUAGUUGAGGAGGCCCGGAAACAUUUUAACUGCCCAAUUCUAGAGGGAAUGGAACUUGAAAAUCAAGGUGGCAUGGGUACUGAGCUCAAUCAUUGGGAGAAGCGAUUGUUGGAGAAUGAAGCAAUGACUGGAUCACACACACAGAACAGGGUUUUCUCCCGGAUCACUUUGGCAUUAAUGGAAGAUACUGGCUGGUAUAAAGCCAAUUACAGCAUGGCAGAAAAGCUAGACUGGGGUCGAGGUAAAGGCUGUGACUUUGUGAUGAAGAGCUGUAAGUUCUGGAUUGACCAAAGGCGAAAAAGGAAAGAAUUGGUGGUCCCAUACUGUGACACGCUACGAAGUAAUCCAUUGCAGUUAACCUGCAGACAGGACCAAAGAGCAGUAGCAGUGUGCAAUUUACAGAAGUUUUCUCAACAGCUGCCGCAGGAAUACCAGUACUUUGACAGUUUGUAUGGGGUACCAGCAGAAGAUUUGCCUUACUAUGGUGGAUCAGUAGAAAUAGCUGACUACUGUCCUUUCAGUCAAGAGUUUAGCUGGCAUUUAAGUGGAGAAUUUCAGCGCAGUUCAGAUUGCAGAAUACUGGAAAAUCAACCAGAUCCUUUCAAAAACUAUGGUGCAGAGAAAUAUGGACCAAAUUCUGUUUGUCUCAUUCAGAAGUCAGCUUUUGUUAUGGAACAAUGCAGAAAAAAGCUCAGUUAUCCUGACUGGGGUAGCGGGUGUUAUCAGGUUUCUUGUUCUUCUGAUGGGCUGACGGUUUGGGUGAAAGACAUGGCAUACUUGUGUAGUCGUUCAGGCCAAGUGCUAACUGUGAAUAUUCAGAUGAAUGGCUGGGUACAUGUUGGGAAUCUAGUUUGUCCUGCAUGUUCAGACUUCUGUGACUUCUGUCCACCUGAGCGGGACCCUCCUCCAGUUGCUAACUUAACAAGAGUUGCAUCUCUAGAUCUAUGUUCCUGUUCCCCAAGUCCAGUAGUAACCCUAUGGCUAUUGAUGGCGAACUUGCUUCCACUAUUGGCUGGAUUUCUUCUGUGUGCAUGGAGUUGAAACUUGCUCUGAAACUGCUAUUACAGUCAUGUGGCAUUCCUAGAGUACUCUACAUCAGUGCAGUGCAUCUCAAAGGCAGCUGUCCAAAAGAGCAAUCAUCUCUUCUGGCAAAUGGCCCAGCUGACCAUAGGCUGGGAGAAGCUGAACAACAGUCUCUAGUGUAAAAGAGAGGCAGACAUUACAGCAUCUCAAAACGUGCCAGUCUCGACUGAAAAUUUUUGCUUUCACAUUGAUAACAAAUUUGAGAGAACAAACUUACCAGUUGUGUUAUGCCAUCUAUUGCCACUGCUUUGGAGCAUUUGUAUUGCCCAGGAUUCUUUCUGAGAUUGUCGAAGGGUCUGUGACCUCCUUGGAGAUAUACCUCUGUUUUCUUCAGUCAAAGCCAUGUAAAAUCAAGAUAUUAGCAGUGAUAGCGACUUUAUGGAUCCACCCAAAAAGAAUUAACGUUUUGGCAUUGGUUUAGGAUGCUUCCAGAACUAUUCUAUACUUUGUACACUGGUGACGUCUUCUAUGAAAUAUCUGCUGCUCAAAAUACAAGGGAAUUUCAAUAGCUGCACAUCAUUCACUUUUGAUAUUUCUAAAUAGAAAUGCUUGUGACUCCCCCUUCACUUAUUCAGUAACGUUUAUUAUUGUGUCAUACUAUUUGAUGCUCUGAGACAGCAAUCCUAAGCAUGCUUACUAGGCCAAUAAGUCCCAUUGAAUUCAAUUGAACUUAUUUCUGAGUAAACAUAUUUCGGAUUGGGCUAUAAAUGUUUAUUUCUUACAAGAUAACUUGAAGAAAUGAGUAGCCCUCAUUUAUGACAAUUUCACUGCACUGGCUUUUUACUCUUACCAUUCAGUCUAUCCCAAAUGUUGGUAAGAUAGCAGCAUCCAGAUAAUCUUUGUCACACAUUCCUAGGUCAGUAAGCCUAAACCAAUGAAACUGUGACAAGAUGCAUAAUUGAGUUGGAAAGGACAAUAUUUGUAAGGACAAAUAUAGUAGUGACAAACUCUAAGACCAUAUUGACUAUUUUGGGCCAAAAUAAAUUUUACCAUUACCAAGGUACGCAGUCUGAUCUUCAACAAAAGAACAGAUGACCUCAAUGAAGCUGGGUAUAUGAAGACUUGCACUUCUUUUUAAAACUAUAUCACGUAGUGGCUGUGCUACUGAGAGAUUGUACAAAAGCCUAUAAGCUACUUGGAGUUGGGGGGGGGAAACGGUUCUCUAGAGGAUGGAAGACCUUCAGGGAUUAUUGUAGUUGGCACAAAUUGAUCUUGUCUUGGGACAGAAGAAGUUGACCCUAGUCCUAAUUACCAUUCUAAUCCACUGAAAGCCCUGACUGCUGCAGACUCUGUGAGCCAGGAAUGUUUUUAAAAGGAUAAAUGUUUAUCUAAAUAGUUUUGUUCUGUUGUCCUUCUCAAAAUGUGUACCACAACAAUAGGCUAGUUGGGCUGGUGAGAUUAGAGCCUAAAGUGGAAUCAGCUGAACAUUUCCAUUAAUGUAUAGUACUGUUUAUUUGAAGGAAAGUCUAUAAGUACCAGUUAUUUGUUUCUUUUUAAUUAUCUUCCUUGUUAAAAAGAGGGUUACUGCAAAGCAAUCACAGUCAGUAAACGAUAUCCUAUCUGCAGGAUGAGAAGGCUGACUAACAAAUGUGAUAGUUUAGCAAAUCCCCUCUGUGGGUAUAUUUUAUACUACAUACACUAUUUUAGCCUUAAAUAAUGGGGAUGGGGGGUGGGGAUGGAGUACAUGGAAAUAGCAAUAAUAAAAUGGUAGGGUUAAGAAAUGCUUUAAACAUUUUCAAUUUGAGUGAUGAAUGGAAAUUAUGUCAAUAAAUCUGCAGCUCAAACACUAGUAUGAAACAGUUCUGUAAUAUCAAAGAGUAGUUUGGCAAUGUUAGGAACCAGAGAUGACAAUUGUAUCUCUUAUCUGUGCAAUAAUAGAACUUAAAUAGCAUCUUGUAAGGAUGCUUUUAAUAUACUUGAAUAUUUUUCUUCUUUGUAUUGAAGUAAAAUAACUGCACUGUAUCAACUUUUUGUUUUAUAGACAAGCAUUUAUACCAGUAUUCAUGUAUGAACUUUUGUUGUAAGAUUAGAACCUUGUCAUCUUGAAAUGAAAAAUCAUUUCUCUCCUGUUGGACAUUAGUCCAGAUGAGACUUUAAUGAAAUGGUUUGAGAAGUUUCUUCAGUUUGUACUGUAAUAUUUUAGUCACCAUAUUGCACUUUAUCAAAAGAGCUUUUGUCUACUUUACAUUUCAGAGCCCUAGUAUACAGAUGUACAGUGCAUCUUUUAAAGUAAGAAUGUAACUGUUUUAUAAUUUGAGGUUCUAGUUUCAUUUGAGACAAUGCUAGCAAUUGAUGACCCUGCACUAAACCAUAUAACUCCUUUUGAACUUCCAGUGUCUAAAUAAAUCCUUUAAGUUUAAAACAUUCAAUUUUCCUGUAUUAGCAAGAUACGCUGACAUCAGCAGAGGACCCCUUCACAAAACAUCCUUUUACAGAAUGAUUGUAUUGAACAUGCUGUGGCAGGAGACGGAGCGUACCAGUGUUGUCACUGUGGCAGGUAUAGCAACAGUUUCUGGACAAUCUUCUGAAUGGCAGUCUAGAUUUUAAACUCUUGCAAGUCAUAAACUCAUUUGGCUGCUGAUGAGAUGUCUGAGGAAUUAACAAAAAGUUAGAUGCUUCUUGUCUUGGGUUAGAUGAGAAAUUGUCAGUUGAGGAUCUGUCAGUUAAAUGAAAGGACUGCCUUCCGUGGCAGGCAAUACAGAUAGCCACUUUAAAUUGCCUACCUCUGUUACAGGUACGCUUUGUCCUUCAGAGUGUUUGAGGGUUGAAGAUUAACAGUGGCACUGAAUAUUUCAUCAAACACGUCUUGGGAUUUUUAGAGCACAAGAAAUAGGAAGCCAUAAACUAUUUCAAAAUGCAGAAUCUAUUGGUACAUCCCUGACUACAUAACAGAAACAAUUGGUAUUUAGGGAACUAUAUCUAGCUUCUUUUAAUAAUCUGCAGGCAGCUAUUCUGGUGGUAGUAUAGUAUUCCAGCUAGAGUCCAUUAAGUAUUGCCAUCAGUUUUCUUCCUUGACCAAUACUGUGCAGGCUAUAGCAGUGCCCCCCAUUUAAAGGUGUGGUGUUGUUUUUCUGGGGCCCAUGCAGUCCUGUGCUGCCUCCUGUGACAAUUCACCUACAGAUCAGUCAAUAUGUAGAACACUACUCACCGUCUCAGGGCCUUGAUAAGGCAGAUUACCCCAUGUUCUACGGAAUAGUCUCUAGAAUGCUGCAUAUCUUGUUUAUGAGGAAAAACAUUAAACAUUGAGGAUUUUUAAUAAAGGUGCUCAGUUCUAAUCUAAAAUAUUAGAAAUAUCAUUUGGACCCCAGUGAUGCUACAAGUGUAUGUACAGUACAAACCAUGUGAAGGGCAUGAUUGUUCUUGAUUUGACAGUUUCUCCAAGUCACUAGGCAAUUAUCUUCUAGAUCUGCAAGACGUUCGUGGGAUGAUUUGGACCUGGACUGUGUAGAUAGAGCAACUGGAUAUUACCUUUUCUGUAUUUCAUGUGGCUUGAUGUGAUAUGGAUUAUCUGUGAAAAGUGGGACAACCAUCUUAUUUUAUCAUGUCCUCUCUUCAUGUGAGCCAAAGCUCAGUUUUUUGUCUCUGUACAUGAACUCCUGCUGUCUGAAUUAUUGACAUAGUUAAUAUUCCUUUGUUCUCAAAUGCCUUUAGAAAUGUCUGAUUUGUAGCUCGGAGUUUAAGGUCUUGUGUCUCCCGUGUGUGUGUGUGUGUGUGUAUGCAUGCACAGUCAUUUUCUGGGAGCCAGAGCCACAUUUAUACUAGGCGGAGCACUUCGAUAGUCUGUCUAUGCAGUCUGUUCCUUCCGUAGGACAAAUGUCAAUUUUUUUUUUUAAAGCAUGUGAAUUUUUCUUUGCAGAUUGACACAUUUAUUUUGGAUGAUAAAAAUGAUUAUCUUCAUUUUACUAUUGCUACAGAAUAUAAAUACACAGGUUUUUUUCAUUGCUCUUUGUGAGUGGCCUUGAGGGCUGGAUUAUGUAUGGUCAUAUAUGCAAUUGCUUUUUUAAGAAGGUGAAAGAUACUUCUAACAUAAGAUAAUGGACAAUUAUUAUGUAAAUUAAAGAAUAUUGUGGGUUUUUUUAAA